AUGUUCAUCAUUUUUAAAUUGUUGAUUUUAAUUUAACCAAUUUUAAGUUAGUCUUAAUGUGAUCCUACAAAAAGCAAUUGCUGUAACUAAUCCUGUCUUAGUUGCGCUCAAAACUAAAUUUCUGAAUGUACAUCAUGUAGCUUAAAUUACUUAUACUUGAAUGUACAAUAUUAAUGCCUUAAGAAGUGUCCUUAAGGAACAUAUUUAGAUUCAAGCACUAAUAAUUGUUAUUCAUGUGUAAGCUAAUAUUGUAGCCAAUGCUCAAGUACUCAAUGCUUAUAAUGCUUUGACGGAUUUUAAAAAGACCCUAACGAUCCUCAAAAUUGUAUAUCUUAGUGUAGCUAAAUAGGAUAAAUUUAAGAUGAUUAAAGCCAAUGCAAUUAUGGGUGCUUCAAUGAUUAGAUUUUCGAUAUCGACUACUAAUCGUUUAGUUGUUAAGUAAAAGCUUAAUGCCCUUAGAUACAGCAAAUACCUUAGUUGCAAAAUUAAAACAAUAUUGUUUCCUCUUUGCUUGAUUAUACUAUGACUGCAAUUACCUUAGUAGAUGUUCAAGGAUAUGUUGUUUAAUAUAGCUAUCCUUAGCUAUAGACAUAGAUAGCAUUUUAACUAAAUAUAUCUACCUACCAAGUUGUAGAUUGCUAAUAUUAAAAUUAGUUGGAAUUAGCAAAUAAUAUAGUCACUUGCUUAUUAUAACCUCUUAACUUACUCAAGUUUUACAACUCAAAUGGAACAACUAUCUUACAAUCUUUUCUUACUUACAAUAAUACAAAAAAUACUGGAAACUUUAUAUAAAGCUUUUAGAAAGGAAAUGAUUGGAAUUUAAUAUUAUCAUAAAGUUCUAAUUAUGAAAUAGACCUAUUAUCUUACAAAAAUUCAACUUACUUUAUGAUAGAUGUCAGUUCUACUGCUUAAAUUUCUCUGUUUUAAGUGAAAUAAUACACUAAUUAAGAUUAAUAUUAGUUUUUGAGUCUAAAUCUGAUUAGCUAAUCUAUAACUUAUUAUUAGAUUUCUCCUUUUCAAAAAGUAUCAGUCUACAAUUCAUCAAGCAUAGACUCAACAGCCAGUUUAGUUCAACUAAAUUCGUUAUAUUAUUGGACUUUAUACACUUCCUCCUAGAUUAAUUUACUUUACUUUAAUUAUGGUCAGAUGUCUCUUAACCUACUGCAAACCAUUUAAAUGACUAGCUUUAUUUAUACCAUUUAUUUGAUUCCAUAAUCAGAUCUAAUUCUAAUUGUAAGCUCUGAAACUCCUUAAAAUAAUUUAAAACUUAAUAUGUAUAAUUUUAACUAAUAAAGUAACCAAAUAUAAUCAUCUCAAAUCAAGCUCAAUGGCUAAACAAGUAACACUACUCAUAUAUAUUCUUUUGGUAGCUUAUUGAUUUUCUGUACUACAAAUUAUGUUGCGUCUUACUAAUUUUCUGCUGAUUAUUCUUAAUUAGAAUUUAUACAAUAACUAUAACAAGUAAAUCCUCAGCUUUGUGCCUCAUCAAUAUUUAAUGUGAAUUACAUAAACUAAGAAAUACAUGUUUGGUAGACUAUUUAGAAAAAUUUUAUUUUAAAUACAUUCAAUACAAAAAACUAGUAAAAAAGUAUAUUUAUCAUUGCACAAAAUGCAGUGACUUCUUAAGUUUUAUCUAAAUUCACUGUAAGGGUUCCUAACAUGAAUUUGCUUAUUGAAUAUCCUGAAAUUUAAAUGUUAUUAGAGUUGAAAAGUAAUGGAUUAGCUUAUAUUCACAACACUAUUUCAAAGAAAAUAGUGAAUUAAGUAAGAAUAUGGUAUCCAAUCAGCGAGCUAUCAACAUAAUUACUCUACAAUUACAAAAUUUUGCCAGACGGAACAUAUUUAUUUACUGGCAUUGAAAUGAAAACCUUUACAAUUAAGAUAGUUAACAUGAAAACUUUAGAAAUAAUCUAUGUGCAGUCUUUCCCUGAAAUUAUUGUAGCUUUGAGUCAAAUCAACUAUGUAUUGUAGCCAUUCUAUUAUCCAAAUUCUGGGUCUAUAGUUGCUGUUAUAUAAUACUAUAAAUAAAUUACAGAUACUUAAAAAAAUUUCCUUUUCUUAUUUUUUUCAAAAAGUAUAGACUAAAUUAGUGCUAACCAAUAUAAGUUAUAGAAAAGCUUAUAAAGUUUUGCUACAAAUUACAUUUAAACUAUCUCUGUAGAAUAUUUAAUUAUUUUUUAUAUGACUUAAACCUCAUAUUACACAGCUUACUUUUACGAUUUAUAGGGAAGAAAAAUACAAACUUCUCCAAAUUAUAAGUAAUUAGAUCUAAAUUUUUCAGGUAAAGAAAACUAAUAAACUUAACAGGCAUUAAUAUCUAGCUAUUAUGGUUUAUAUUUUUAUAACUUAACAACUCUUACUUAUACGGUCUACCCUUUCUAAUGUGCAGCAAGUAUAUAUUUCUCGCUAAACUUUUAAUAUUAUUAUACUCAAUCUGCCUGCUCAACUUAAUAGGAUGGAGUUUUUACAUAUUCUAAUAACACAUUGAUAAGUUAAGGAAUAUAGCCAAGAAACAAGUAUAUAUACAUUUAUAAAUAUAAUGAUGAUAGAUAUUUAGUAAUAGCUACAAAUACACCAAAUCAACUUUUUUAUGAUAAUGUAAGAUAAUAGCUAUUUACAAAGCCUUCAAUAUAUGGGGCAAACUAAGAUGGAAUGAUAGAAUAAGAUGAAGUUAUCUUUUUUAACAGUUAAGCAACUACUCAUUAUGAUUUAAAUACCUUCAACUUAAUUUACUCAGAAAUUCUGGAUUAUACAAUUACUAAAACAUUUUUACUUUAGACAUAGUUUCUGAGGUACAACUAUAUUAUUACUACUUUACUUAAUAUAGUUUAAGUAAAAAAAAUAAAAUAAAUAACGAUUUAGACAACUAAAUCAAUAAAUAAAUAUUAAUCUUAUUUUAUUGAUUUUGUUAGUGAACUAAACUUUGUAGUUGAAAUACUUCCUUAAUCUAUUAAUAUUUACAAUUCGUUAAAUAAUUAACUUUUAUAUUCUGUGAUCCCUUAAGAAACCAUAGAAACAUACUUAUCAUCUAAUGAUAAUUUUGCCAUAUAAGAAUUAUUUACAAGACAAAUUCUUUACUAUUAACCUAGUAAUUUAAUUGUUGUAGUUUAUUAUUUAAGCUUGAUUUGUAUCGAUGCAACAACGUUUUAAGUGCUAUAUUAAUACAAGUAUGAGUUACCAAAUCAGAGUUUCAAGGCAAUUUAGUUUGAUUGGAAUAGAGGCUAUCUUAUCUCAACAAACUUAGAUGAAGACUGCAUCUUAGAUAUGAAUACUAUUCGAAGAACUUGCUAUAAAGAUAAUCCACAAUAUUUAGGUCUUCCUAAUUACUCGUUUUUAGAUUAUCAAUAAUAUCUAUUUAUUAAUUAGUAUACAAGCUAGCUAAUUAUUUGCCAAAUGAUUUCUGUGAGAGUUUUUGCUCUUGAUACUCUAACAUAUAUUAAAUCAAUAUAUGAUACUAAUUUUUAUGGUGCACAGUAUUUUUUUAAUCCAAGCUACAAUUAUUUAAUCUACAUUUAAAAGUACAAUCAUAUUUUUAUGCUUCUUGAUCUCAACACAAUGCAAUACAUAGCAUUAUCUUUGCCAGCUCCAAGUACAGAUUAUCAAAGCAUAAAUUACAGAUUCUUCUUUUUAGACGAUAAGCAAACCUAUAUCUUCUUAAAUUCUAAUCUUCUUUAUAUCGGUUUGUAUGACUAAAAAACUCAUCAGCUGAUAAAUAAAAUAUCUUUAAGUGUAGCCUUUUUUCCUUAUUCAGAUGCAGUUAUUGACUAAGUUAAUAAAAUGAUAUUUUUUUAUGAUAUUAACAAUUUCUUAAACCAAUAUUCUUACUCUACAAAUAAUCUUAUAUCAUAAUAUUAACUUAAUUAAACUGACGCAUAAGCUUUUUAAAAACGUUUAAUAUGGGAUAGCUACAAAUAAAGAAUCAUUUUAUCUUCUGGUUCUACUUUGUAUCUUAUUAAUACUAAAAGAAAUAACAUAGAGCUUUACUAAUUAGACACUUUUGUGACUUAGCUUAGAUUUUUUUAGGAUAGAAAUAUAAUAUAAUACUCUACAUAUUACUAAAAUGUUUUACUUGAUUACGAUUAUCUACUGAAUAAUAAUCAAGCUACAUUUCCGACUUAAAUAAAUCCCAGAUUCUUCCAAGUAAACAACAACACUUUUUUGUUACUAAAUGAUAUCAACUCUCAAGCUAAUCUCUUUAUAAAUUAAACAAUUACUUCCACUUGGAUCAGAAAUAAUUUGAAUUCUGGAUACAUUCGAAUAGUUGAAAACGAUUUGUAAAAAUAACUUGUGUAUGCAAUUUUCGAUAACGAAAUAGCAAUUUUAGAUUUGAGUGAUUCACUUAUUAAUUAAUUAGAUUAGCUUUUCCUUCGUUAAAAUAUUAUCAAAAUACUCUUUGAAAAUUAAGAUUUAGUUAUCCUACUUUCUUAAUCAUAAUAAGUACUAUAGCUCCAAAAAAGAUAAAAAUCUGUUAAAGUAAAUGAAAUAAUAGUGUUAAAAUAAGGUAUUGCAUAGUAUUAAUUUGCUAAUAAUCUAACAACAUUUUUGUUUACUGACUUUUCUGGUAAUUAAUAAAAUAUAAAUAUUGUAAACUUAAGUUAUGACUCUAGUAAAAGUAUUUCUGGCAAUAUUAGAGCUUAAAUUUUUAUGCCUUCCAGAAUACUAAGCAUUCAGUAAUUAAGUAACUCUUAAGUUGUUAUUUUAAUGAAUAACUUGAUAAAAAUUUAUGAUUACAUUUUAAUCUCAGAAAUUGUUUCUGUAGGUUUGGAAUUUAAUGUCAAUUUUGGAAAUAUUUUAAUAGACAGUAUCUACAAAAGAAUUUUUUUGCAAGAUCACAUGGUAGGAAGCUUAGUUUAUGACUUUAACCUUUAAAAACAUGCAAAUUCCUUUAUUAGUUCUUUCUCAACUAAUUUAUAUUUUGAUGAUAACUUUAUCUAUUCAGUCGUAUCACACUCUGCUAACAUUUAUUUUAGAUAAGAUUUAAAGCUUUUGUUUAACUUUAGGCAUUUUAAUUCAACUUUAGAGUUGAAGAAUAUAAGAUACUUAGGAGUUGGGUACUUUUUUUUGGUUGAAUUUAUAAAUAAAAUCUCUGUUUAUGAGUUUUCUCCAUUUAUUUCUCUUCCUACAGAAAAAGCAUUUUUGCAAAUUAAUUAGUUUUCAAUAAUAGCAUUUUCUUUUGUAAAAAUCUAAGAAAAUGAUAAUAGCAGCAAUGAAUAUUAGCUUUAUAUUAAUGGGUUUACUUUAGAAGGAAUGUUUAUGUAUAGACUUGCUUUAGAUAUAUACAGCUAGCAAUAAACUUAAUCAUGCUCUUUAAAUUAUUAACUAUAGUAAUAUAAUUACUAAGAUGAUACUUCUUUCAACUAAGUGAGUUCUUAUCUUAUUAGUUAGCAAAGAAAACUUAAAGGUUUAACAAUAAAUGUAUCCAAAUACCAAAAUUUAUACUUCCCAAAACUUUAAUAAAAUGUUUUGAAUAAUAUAUUCUAACUAAUCAUAGCACCAAAAGAACAAAAUAUUAUUGUUUAUAUCAAGGAUCCAUUAAAUAUUCAACAAGGUGUUUCUUUUGUUUAAAUAAAGAAUUUAGAAAUGCAAACUUCACCUCAAAAUUAUUAGAAUUAUUUGCAAAAAAAUGAUAUUCAAACAAAUCUUACAAUUAAUAAUGUAAUUUUCCCUGAUAUAAAACAAGUCUUACUCGAAAAUAUCACAUUAACAGAGGCAAGUGUGCAAAUUAACAAUAUAUAAACAUUGGUAAUUUAAAAAAUAAAUUUGUAGCACUAUGAAAACUAAACAUUGCCAACAACAACUUAGCUUAAUUUAACAAAUAUUAGUAUGGUAAUUAUUACAGAAAUAAAUUUGAUUUCAUGCAAAUUUAAUUUAGGACGUCCUUUAAUAGUUCUUCAAAAUAUAGAAAAACUACAAAUCAAUAACAUAAAUGUAAUUAAUUGUGAUUGCUCUGGAUUUGAUUAACUUUUACUUAUAAAUUAAGUAUAAAAUGUAACUUUGGAAAAUAUUAUAAUAUCUUAAACUAACUUCAUUUAAUAAUCUUCUUUUUCCAUUUAAUCAACUCAGUUAGUUAAAAUAAAAUUGCUUUAAUUAUUGGAUAUCUAAUACAAUAACUAAAAUCUUUAGUUAAGGUUACUAUAAGCUAAAAAUGCUAAUAGUUUCAUAUAAAAAAUAUUCUACUUUUCAAAUAAUAUAAAAGUAGACAUUGAUGACAUUUAAAUUGUUGGUUUUAAUAUUAAUAGCUCUAAUCAAUUUUCUAUUUUUGAUUUUGAGCUUGUAGAGGAAUAUCUAAGCAUAAAUAAAAGUUUUAUUUAAAAUGUAAAUAUUAAGAAUGAUCAAGAUGGCACAAUAUUUACUAAUUUAGGAGUUUACAGCACUUACCUCCAAUCAAUAAAACUUCAAUAAAUUAAUAACAUGAGAUACUUGCUUCUUUCAUCUUAUCAAGUUUCAGAUGUAUAAAAUAUACAAUGCAAAAACUUAAAUAUAACUAAUUUAAAAGUAAUUAACUCUUAAAUUGUACAGUAAUCUUUCUUUUAUAUUACUUCUGAUAUUAUCAUUUUAGACUAAAUCCAGUUUAUAGAUAUAAAUGUUUUGCUAACUGAUGCUUUAUAAUAAUUAUCCCUGAUUACCUUAGCUGCUGAUGAAUUAAUCUUGCUUUAAAAUUCAAAUUUUAGCUCAAUAGCAAAUUCUUUAAGUAGUACUAUUUUAGUUUAAAAUUCAUAAAAUGUAAAUAUUUUAAAUAUAAACUAUUAAUAAUUAUCUACUAAUGGAACUUCUUCAGCUUUGAAGAUUCUUGAUUCAUAAAAUGUUACUAUUCUGUCUAAUGUAGUAUCUUAAUGUUAAUCUUUAUAAGAUUCUGGAGCAAUUUAAAUUAUUAAUUGCAAGUAAGUAACAAUUCAAUAAAAUAUUCUUUCACAAAUCUAUUCAGAAAAAGGAAAUGGAGGUGUUCUUUAUGUAUAAAAUAGCUAAAUUAAUAGCUUCAAUAACAAUUUAUUCACCUCUAAUACCGCAAAUUUAGGAUCAGGAGGAGCAAUCUAUUGUGAAAAUAGUAAUUUUAAUGUUUUUAACAAUAACUAAUUUAUAAAGAAUUAAGCUCUUUAAGGUUCAGGUGGAGCUGUAUUGCUAAAUAAUUGUGACAUUUUAUAAAUUUAAAAUAAUACAUUCAGCUAAAAUUUGGCAUUUAUUGGAGGAGGUAUAAGAUACAUUAAUCUUUAGCCUUUGGUGAUAAUGAAAAAUGGAGUUAGCUUUUUAAAAAAGAAUAAUUACUUUUAUAAAAAUAAUGCUACUUCAUAUGGAAUAAAUAUUGGCUCAUAUCCUAAGUUUUUAAAUAUGAAAAACAAAAAUAGUUAAACUUAAGAAUAAAAUAUUUUAGAUAAUGUACAAAGUGGAUAUAAAUCGCCAAUACCUAUAUUAAUUAGAUUUAUUGAUGAAGAAAUGAGAGAAGUUACAUUUGUUAAUUUGUAGCUAUUUCCUUAACUCAGCUAAGACAUUUUAGAAGAAAUGUCAAUUUACAUACUCUAAGCAGAAAGCAGUAAUAUAGGUUUAUUAGGAGACUUAAGGCAAGUAUAUUCUUUAACAUAUUUUGCAUUUAUUUUUGACUUGUCCUAUUCUUAUCAGCCUUCAUCAAGUGCUAUUUUAAAUAUAAAGUCUGCUUAGCUCCUUCCUUAAUUUUAGACAGAUAUUUAGUAAGUAAUAUAAUCAAGAUAUAAUCUUCCAAUUACUGUCAAUUUCAGAAAGUGUUAAGUUGGAGAAAUACUUUAGCAAUCAGGAAAUUACACCUUAUGCUAUGAAUGCGGAUAAGGUUUCUACAGCAUUAUAGAUCCAUAUUCUGUUGAAAAUUCUAAUUGUAAGAGAUGUCCUGUUGGCUCAAUCGCAUGUUAAAGUUCUUAAAUAUAUGUUUAAAAUGGAUAUUGGAGAACUGGUAAUCUUUCAGAUGUAAUAAUUUAAUGCUAAUAUCCUGAAUUUUGCCUACCAGAAGACCCUUAAUCGAAAAACGGUUGCCUAAAGGGGCAUAUUGGACCAACUUGUUAUGAAUGUGAUGUUAAUGGCGAAAUAUGGGGUACUUAGUACUCUAAGUCCAAUUAAGAGUGCAAUGAUUGUGUACAUUUUUAUUCUGCAUUGAAUAUUAUUUUAAUAUUUCUGAUUUUUGCUUUUAUUUUAAUUCAAAUCUAUAGUAAAAUUAAUAAUGAAAUGAUUCUGAUAAGAAAAUAUAUCAUGGCUAAAUAUUUAUCAAAAUUAAGAUUUGUUUCUCCUAACCUUUAAAGAACCUAAACUUCUUAAUCUUCUUUGAUUAAAAUAUUAAUUAAUUACUUUUAAUUUCUAGCAAUUGUAAACAGUCUAAACAUAACAUUGCCAACUUAUUUUACAUUUUUUAACUUAACUGGGGGAGAUACCUCUUAAAUUACAAUCUAUUCGAUUGAUUGUUUACUAUUUUCUAAUAAGUUAGCAGUUCCAAAUUAUAUAGUCCGCUUGUUAUGGAUCAACUUUUAACCAAUUGCCUUAUUUAUAAUUAUUUAACUUUUUAGAUAUAUUUUUGAAAAAAAUACUUCUCACUCUUCGAGAUAGGCUGUUUACACAAACACGAUUAAUAUAUACUUAUUUUUUCAGCCUUCUGUUGUUAAAGUUAUAACCUAAUCUCUAUCAUGCUAGAAUAUUGGUUUAUAAUCUUACAUAUCUUCUGAUUUAAAUUAUACAUGCUUAGACAGAGAGCAUAUGAAAUACAUAUACUACUGUGUUUUACCUUUAGGAUUAAUUUGGAUAGUUUUAAUUCCCCUCUUUUUAUUUGCAAGAAUGAGAAAUUAUAAACAAAAAAUGCAAUCCGUUAAAAUACUCUUCAGAUACGGUUAUCUAUAUCAGGAAUACGUGGAUGAUAAAUAUUACUGGGAUUUGGCAAGAUUAAUUAUUCGUUCUGCAGGAAUCAUCGCUAUUAAUAUAUUUAACUUUUAAAUCAUUUUUAAGGGUAUGGUUUUAUUUGGAGUUAUGUUCUUAUUUUUAUUCCUUUAGAAAAAAUUAAAGCCAUUUAUUUUGUAAAAAUUUAAUAAUCUUGAGCAGGAAUCUACUUUCUUAGUAAUAAUAACUAUUUAUUUGCUUUUUGUUGGAAGUCUCUCAGAAAACUAUAUAAUUUCUUAUAUAGUCACUUUCAUUAUAGGAAUUUUAAACUUUCAGUUUGUUUUAAAAAUGUUAUAGUUAAUAUUAAUAUAGUCUAUUCCAGAAGAAGAAAAAGAUAGAAAUAUAUUUUAAAAACUUAUUUUCAAGAUAAAAUAAAAAUUUCCUUUAUACUUUUAAUGGAUUAAAAUUAGUCAUUCAUAUAAUAGUAGCCCUUUUAAAAACUGGAAAAAAGUUUCACAAGUGAUGAAAACUAUUAAAGAAGAGUUACAUUAAGAUGAAUUUAAUUUUAAGUAGAAAAUAAGUCCUAGCACUGCAGGAAAUAGAAUUUCAUUAGGAAUGAGUUAAAUAUUAAAAAACCAUAAAAAAUAAAUAAAUUUAAAUUGUAAAGAUUCAUAAGAGUCUCCUAUAAAGUCAUAAACGAAAGAAAAAUCAAAGUUUUAGAAAUUUGAUUUCAAAUGA